AUGUCCGCGUUUGGAUGUAAACCAAAUACUUCUGGUGUGUCCGUUGCAGGUAAACUGUCGAUAUAGUCCAAGUAUUCUUGGAGGUUUCUCGUCUGUGGUACUUUGUAUCCACGGUAAAAUUCGAAGCCAGGUCGUAACAGUACAUCGCAGAACCAAACGUGAGUAAACGUAGUUAACAAACGUUUGUCGAAGUCAUCGGUAACUCUGCCACCAUAUUGAACCUAAAUAGAUGUAGGAUAAAUGCAGAAUAGUUCGACCACUGAGAAAGAUCAGCUAAUGUUAGUAUUUUAACAUUAAAGGAAGAGGGAGAUCUGUGUCUCAUUAAAACAAAACAAAUGAGUCAUUUUGUUGUAAAUCUCGCUUCAAUUGUCACGAAAGCGUAUUUAAGUUAUAAAUUGCAUUUGAAACUUUUAAUAGAUUUGAAAAUUGUUUGCUUGCAUUGCAAUUUUAAUGAUAUUCGAAAGACGCUUACAAAUUAAAAGUUAUAAAAUCUGCAUAAAUAGAAUACACAUGUAUUCAUUUUUACUUUAAUAAGAUGAUUAAUUAUUGGUGAUUUUGGUAUGGUUCGACCACUUUGAUUUGAAACAAUUUGACCAUAUUAAAUAAAUGUAUACAAUUAUAUUGCAAAUUAACAAAAAAUGCCUACAUUAGAAACAAAGAAAAUUGAAGAAGAAAGACUACCAAUUAAUUCCUUAUUCAUUGUACUUUUGUUUAACCUGAACGUGCGAGUUUAUUUAUAGAUAAAUAACACGGAUAAUAUUUAAAUUUGCCUAAAAUAACAAAAACAAUUGUUUUUUCAAAAAGUGUUCGAACUAUCCUAAACUUUUCAGAUACAAUGAAUUUUUUACUUUCAUUUCACAGCAGUGUUAUGUUUAUGGGAUUUAUAACGAUGUGCUAAUUUAAUGUAACAUGUCAAGGACAUAGUGGCAGGAAAUAUUUAAUGGCAAAGUUUCUUGACAAAUAAUUAAUAAACAAUUAAUAAAACAGACCUCUCCAAGCAUAUAGCAAACAGUUGGCCACGACACACCUCUUUUUGGAUCCAUGUCGUCCAAAUGGUUCUGUACAAAUUGAACGGAAGCGGCAAAGUCAGCCUGAUUAAACUCGUAUGCUGUGAGGAAAGACCUGGAGUAAACCAAUGGGAAAUUGCUGAUGCACUUCGGUGGUCAUCCAAAGUCUAAACGCCUCGUGGACAGUGUCUGUUUCAACCAGAGCGUCCAUGACUUCCGUGCAAAAAGGAAGCGACAGGUGAAUAUUUUGCAACAAUACCCAACUGCCAGUGUUCAUAGCGUCUGAGAUCAAUCUUCGAGCGUGAAAUUCUUGGCCUUGGCCCAUGGACACUGAUCGCAGUUCUUAAAUAUAAAUUCCAGUAUUAGAUAAAAUUGCAGACUAUUUGAGAAAUUUCACAUUUACAUAACAAGCUACAUUUUUCUCAGUUUGCUUACGGAUUGAUUUUUGUUUUGCCAGUGCAGUGAUUUGUGGACUAGGAUCUGAUCCUAUAGACAAUAUGCAUACAAGCGGCGUUCUGACUUCAGACUCUAACCAAGUAGCUUCUAAAUCCAAUAUCUUAGUUUCCCCGUAUUCCUUUCCCAAUGAUUCGACCACAUAUUUUCUCGCCUGAGACAGAGUUCUGUCUGGGCUCCACGAUCUGAUCAAAAGUAAUUUCCUGAACACGUCCAGUUUCUUCUGAUAUCCGCAGGGCAGUUCCUCUUCCUCGGGUUUUUCUCUUUCAUACCAUACUCGCCACUCUCUUUCGCUGAAUUCGAUCUUCGUUAGAAUAUCCGAGAACGAAUCCAGUUUGCUGAUCUCGACCAAAUUCAGCCAAGUUAUGUCGAGGAUCCACUUGAAUGGUUUUGGCGUAACUGCGUUUAAAUCCAAAGAGGCACCACCUUUGAUGAAAGCGUUGAAUUCCGCGUGAGAAAUGAUACCUCGGUGACAGUCUAUCUUCAUAGCCAGCAUCAACGUGAACAGCGAUUUGUGUCGUUCGUACAGACUCCUCAAAGUGAAGGCCCACACUUCGUAGGUAAGAUGACGAAGAAUUAUGUUUAUUCGUUCGUUGGUGAUGGGGCUUUUUACCGAUUUGGUGAUGGAAUUGUCGAAUAUAGUCAGAAACUGUCGCAAUGAAUUUUGAUACAUUACGUUCACGUUACUCAUCUCCACGAUGAGAAAGUACAAGAUAGAUCCUCUCGAUGCGACAGCGCGAAAUUCUUCUCGAGCCAGCAUGAUCUUCUUUUCUGUCAACGCAGAUACCUUUAGUUUUUCAUUUACCGAUUCUGCGGUUACUUUAGUCUCUCUGAGCACAUUUAUAAGCGCUUCGUCGUCCACUAAAGAACCUUCAGAAGACGUGAGUCGAUGUAACAGAGUGCUCUCGAGUUCUUUCAUCGAUCGCUGAUUCGUCAUCACAGAUUCGAACAGAGCCACUCUUUCGGCUUCCAAAUCUGCUUUUUCCAUGAGAAUCACUCUGCCAAGUAACUGAUCUUCCAAACCUAACAUCGUGACAGUGAAAUCGAUUAUCGACGUUUUCGCUGAGAUCUCUGGACUGUACGCGGGAUUUGGUAGUUUCGUGGUGAUGUACAACAUGAAACCGGGCAUCACGUCGCACUCUUUGUCACCAACAAUUACUUUCUCGAUGGAGCCUGAUUUGAUAAAAUUCUUCUCGAGUACAUUAUCGAGAACCGGAUCUAACUCUUCCGCAAUGUCUUCUAUCAGCAAUGGUCUGCCUAAAGACAAACUAUCUUCGAGAUGAGUUCUAAAAUAUUUGUGAUUGAGAGACGUGAUCUGUAAUUCGUUCAAGCAUUCCUUGUUCUUUAUCCACAUUUUUCCUUGAUUUUGAGGAUCGAUUAACAAAGGGUACGAGGAGGACUUAGUUACGACAAGUGCGUUUUGCACAGAUAAUUCGUCGUUCGGUAAUCCUUGGAGCGUCCAUUCCGAGAUCGUUGCGCUAUCCACGAGCAUGUUUGUGAUAUUCAGAUUUUUAGUAAAAGGGAUAGAUUUCGUUGCCAAAAUGUUCAUCCAGGAAGAUACUAGGCCAGCCCUGUAUUGUUGAUUGUAGGGUCCACAAUACGAUAAAAAGCCAGUGGCUAGUAAAACAUCUCCAACCAGUCGUCCUAAUUGAAUCUUAAACUCGCUGCUCUGCUCGGUCCAACGUAUCUUCUCGCCACCUAAUCCAUUGAUCAACGCAGUUGCGGCCGUCAUUUUCCUAAGGCACACGUUCGCAGCUUCUGUCAACCUUUGUUUCUCCGAAACAGCCGAGUCGUAUUGUUCCUUCACCGCUUGCAGAGCCAUUUCUCUUUCUGAUAGUUCUCUCUCGGCGUUUGCUAGAUCCUCCAUGGCCACCUUCAGUCUUGCUUCUUGCAACGCCAAAUUAGCCUUCAGUGGAAGAACCUCUUUAUUCACCGAAUGGAAAAAAGACAUGGCCUUCGUCCAGGAUAAUAAGCCUGCCACGUCGCCACAAACUCGUCUAGCAGUUUCCAUAUUAUAGUCCUCCAUCUUGAAGUAAGGCUGAAGUAACUCGACCAUCUCGUUGUUUAUUAUGUCCUUCGGGUAAUUUUGCAAUUGAAGAAGAAACGUGGUACUGGCCAUUAACUUCAACGAUUCUGCCCAGGAAGGCUUUGGACACGGUGCAGCCGUAUCCGGAACGACCGGUCCAAUUUUACGCUGAAACAGAAUCAACACGCAAUCCAUGAUUCUCAUAAUAAGAUGAGGCGGCCUGCCCAAUUUCCUCACAGUGGCUAUGUGAGCCGGUUUAAUAGUAUUCAAAGCAGCUUCUGCUUCCUCUAGCGCCGGUUUAGCCGCUUCCAGUUUCUGUUCAGCCAGAGCUUUCUCCUCCGCUAUGCAAGCUACCAGUUGUUCAGCUUUCUCCUUCACUUUCUGCACCUGAUUCUUGAACGCUUCCGCUUGCAUCGCCCUUUCUGUCACUUCCAAGAGGACAGUCUCUGCUUUUUCAGACGCCUGAACCAGUUCUUUCUCCAUUACAGCCAGAUCUCUUUUCAAGAUCUCCACUGAUAUAGAAGCUUCUUCCAGUUUCGCUAAACCGGUGUCCAUUCGCUUGGCUCCUUCGCCGAGUUCGUGCUGUUUGCUUUGGUAGAUGUUCUUGUAGCCACCGAUGAAGUUCAAGUACGAUUUUGGCGUGACGUGAGUAGCACGACGAAAUCUUUGGAAGUACUCCGCGGACGUGACAGAGACGAUGUCCUGUAUGGAGCCUAAGGCGUUCACCAGUUCGCCUUUCACUUCGCUGGUGCAAGCUAUGCUAAAAUCAUGUAGAAAGUGUUUAGCUACUAAGACCAGAGCAUCCUUCGGCCAAGGCUGGAACCAAUCGAUGGUGCAGCCAGAUAUAAGAGCUGGGAAACGUUGAGCACGAUUUCUGAACUUUUCCCCGACCGGAGAGAAACAGAACACCACGUGUAAAUUUUGACAGGUUCUCUGAAGAAAGAAAUCCAUCACGAGUUCAUUGUUGAUCGUUCGUUUCGGAUUCUCGCGUCUCAGGAUAGGUGUCAAUUCCGAGAUGAUCUCUUGCUGCUCAUCGCGAGUGAAUAAGUUGCUGAUGACUCCCGAGCUUAGAAUAUUGUUCAAGUAUUCCAAGAAACCCUCCUCUUUAAUGUCCAGAUCAGUGAAUAUAAACGUGGUGCCCUUUCCUUGUGCCCCGCACGUUCGAUACAGAUAUCUUAGAUCUUCCAAGAAAUUUGCCACGUUGUAAGAUCUUGUCAGAGUGAUUUGAAACGUUUUGUAACCGGCGAUGAAGGACGAUAACUUCGUGAGACUCUGCUUGCCAGAUCCUCCGACGCCUACUAACAUCACAUUCCCUUUCGGAUGUCUGAUGACUCUGGAUAUUUUAACCAAGUGUAGCAUGGCGUCGGGGAAGAAGACCAAAUCCAUACCUGAGCCUCUUUGCAUUUCAUUGAAUUGGGAAAGGAACAUUUCUAAUCUGUCUCUGAGAAUUUGUUCAUCGUAAACUGGUUCGUAUACUUUUGGUAGUUCAACGUCAGUGUCUUCACCUUCCUCGCCAGUUGGCUCGGGAGCAUCUCUGAAAAUUAUUGCGUCUAUUGUUAAUUAUAGUUUAAUAAAUUAAGGUAAACUAAGUUAGAAUUAAAUAAAUCAAGUUAAGUUGGAUUAUAGUCCAAGUUAAUUUAAAUUAAUUUGUAAGUUACAUAAGUUAAGUUAAAUUAAGUUAUAGCGUAAGUUAAGCUAAGUGAACUGAUGAAUAAUUAUGCGGCUAAUUUAAAAUUAUCUAAGAAAAAAUUUAGGUAUAAUUAGAAUCGUAUAAGCUAAGUACAAAUGUGUAGAAUAGUAAUAGGUUUUUACCUCAUGAAAUCUACGAAUGCAGGACUUUGGUUGAGCAUGUUUGCGUAAUCUUCUCCCAACAUUUCGUUAACAGCUUUUAGAAUUUCUUCAUCGAACCAGUCUUUAUCCGCUUGUAUGGUGAAUCUGUCGCUGAACACGCGAUCGCAUUCGUGUUUCCACAGCAACAUGAGAACGCUCUCCUUUUCGAUGACCGUGGACAACGUACCGAGCAUACCUUGCCAAAUUCUCGACAGGUCUCGAAGAUUGAAGAUAUAAUGAAACUUUGCCGGUGUGGGCAAUAAGUUACUUCUAGUCCUUUCCCAAAGUGUCCUCGUCAGUGGAACCAUCUUCUUUAUCAGGUUCCUGACUUCUAUUGAAAACCCCCUUUUAGCAUUAUAAUGACCCUCUCCGAGGACGCUGAAGAUACGAUCAAUGGACGCUUUGUCAGGUAGCGUACAAUUAAAGAUGCAAAAUUGUCUCUUUAAUCUUUGAGGAAUGUCGUUUCUUCCACCGCCUGGUUGACACAUUGCAGCCAGAAACGUCAUGUCUACGAUGCUGGUGAAGUCACCUGGUUUCUCCAAGGAAUAAAAUCCUUUCAUAUCCAUCGUUUGACGAACAAUCUCGUUGGUUACUUGGUCACCCCACUCGUUUAUUUGAGGUAAAUUCACAUCGUCAAUGAAAACCAACAUCUUUUUCCCUCCUGAUGGCCCGAACGUGUUACCUAGACGUUUCUCCACGUAACUUUCUAUGGUUUUCUGAAACUGAUACGGACUCGUAGCCGAGCUGAAGUUAAACGAUCUGCUCAACGUGGUCUCCGGGUUCGCUUUCUUCAUGUACGACUUCAUCAUGACAGUUUUCGCGGAUCCUUGCUCGCCUAUCAGCAAAACCGCUUUAUCUUGACGACCAAUUAGAUCGAUCAAGUAUUGUAUCCUCACGUUGUCAGGGAUUGGAACCAAUACGUUGCUGUAAUCAGGCGUUGAGUACUCUGGAUAAACGUAGUUGGUCACCAUGCUUGUCCACGUAUCCCAUUUACCCUUUUCAGUGACGUAGAAAUCGAAUAAUUUCGCCUCAGGAUAUUUUUCUGACGUUGGUAAGUCUAGACUUUCGAAAUUUUGUCGCAGGUAACAGUCAUACUUUUCUCUGUCUGAUGUUUCUAACAACGCCCCUAUACCCCACACCAAAGCGAAAACGUAGAAACGUUUUAGAUGUUCGGCUGUCAUAGGUUGUCGCUUCUCCUCUUCUGUUUCUUCGUCCUCUUCCUCUUCUAUGCGAGCUUCGGGUGGAAUUAAACCAUCGAGGAGACACAACAUCUGUCGCACUAUAUUGGAUUGUAGAACGUCUAUGGUCAGUGAUAAAGCUUGGGUGCUCCAAGAAUAAAUCUGUAAAAAUAUUCGUAUGUAUCUCAUCGUGAUAUUUUUGAUAUUGAUUGAUUGAUUGAUUUUGAUUUGAUAUUUUUAUAUUAAUUUCUUAACGAUACACGAGCAUAUUUUCACAACGAUAAGCGCAGUCAUGUGAAUCACGCACAAAUUACUUAAAGAAAUUUUUUUUUAAUUAUUUUAAAGAUUAUAAAAAUAUACGAUAAUGGGCAAGUAUGAACGUAAAUACAAAAAUGCAAAAAAAAAUAUCAAAUAUCAGGACCAAAAUAUAUAUAUAAGGAGUAAGGCAUAUUUUUCUUCAUGUUUAGAUUUCUUUAUCAAUGUUGAAAAAUAUAAAUUUGUAUAAACAUCUGCAAUUUAAUUAUAAAUAAUUUCUUUACCUGUGCAAAAGAAUCUGUGAAACAUUGAUCGAAUACUUCCUGCUCCAAAGUUGUCCGACUUUUCAGCCAAGCAUUCACUACAGGAUUCCAAUCCAAUCCUGAUGAACUCAUGUACACCAUCCCGUUACGAGAUACCGUUGCUGGACUUGCAUUGUCGAUAUUAUGAGGCUCAAAGAUGAUC